AUGGCCACGACGUUACGGCACCGUCUCGAGCGGGAUGGCGUGCCGCGUGGCGUGAACCUGACGGAGAGCUUUUGCCUGUACGGCACGCCGCUACCGUCGCUCACGAAAAAGGACAGGAACGAGUACAAGCCGCCGUGGGAGCAAGAAGUGUAUGAUGAGAAAGGCCGGCGUCGGUUCCACGGCGCGUUCACAGGCGGAUGGUCCGCGGGCUACUUCAAUACGGUCGGGAGCAAGGAAGGAUGGACGCCGUCGUCCUUUCGAUCUUCACGCACAUCGCGUGCGAGCGCCACGGCAUCGCGUCCCGAAGACUUUAUGGAUGCUGAAGACCUGGCCGAGUACGGGAUACAGACGCGCGACGCGUACGCGAGCACGCACGAGGAGCCUGCUGACCCGUUCAUGCGCAUGGCCGUGCCUGAGGCGUCUGUCUCGCGCAUGGGACAGUCGCUCCUGCAGCGCAUGGGCUGGAAACCGGGCCAGGGGAUCGGGCCGCUCGUGACGUACGACCAGCGCCAGUACCUCGAUCGCCUGUUGGCACGGCUGCACUUAGCGCCACGUGGCACACUGGACGACGAUGACGAGGCGCGGCGGCACAAGUUUCCGCCACCGGAUACCCAGCCGCUCCGGCCGCCUGCUCCUGCGCGGGCGAAUGCGCUGCAGGCGGCCUUGGAUCGGUACCAUGCGCCGGUGAUCGGCGCCGCGGGUCUUGACUCGGACGAGGAAGACCAUGUCUAUGGCGAGGCACCGCCAACGGUGCUGGGCGACGUGCCGCCCCCCGCGGCCGCGCGCACGUCCGCCGCAUCGCACGAGGGGCGUGCGACUUGGUCAGAUGGGCGCCCCCUGCCACCGGGCUUUGUCCUGGCGCCGCCCGUAUCUGGGCCUGCGGCGGCUGUGGCGUGGCCGCAGGUGGAUGUGCCGCCUGACUGGACGCCCGAUCCGCGGCGUGUAUGGACGGCGGACGAGCCCCAGGACGCAAAAGGUCCACUGGGUGCAGAGGAUCGGCGUGCGAUGCUGGGCGAGGCACAGCACCCGGGUCCCCCGCCGGCUCUGUCCGCGUACUUGCCGGGGCGCGCGCGUCUUGUCGUGCAUGCGUUGGACCGCGCUACGGCGCAACGGGCGUUGGCCGCGUUUCGGCCCACAGGCGCUGACCGCGCCAAGGACGAGCGGUACCGCGCGUACGUGUGCUCGUUCCUGGACGGACCUGCGUACGUGCCACCCAACGUGCCGCGAGGUGCGCAGCAAGACGAAGUCGACGAGUUCUUCCAGAGUGCUUGUCGUCACCGGCCGGUGCACGGCGACAUGGCUCAUCGCUUCACGACUGGCUCGUCACUUGAUUCGACGCUGACGGAGGCGCCGGCCGUCCCUGAUGCGGUGCAGUAUGCGCGGCGGGGCGAGUUUGGGCCGCAUACGCGCCACGUCGAGCGCUUUGAUCCGCCGCAGCUCCUGUGUAAGCGUCAUGGCGUGCCAUACCCGCAUCCCGAGAAGGACGGCGAGGAGAUACCCGAUGAGCUGGCCUCGCCGUCGCCGCCCUCCUCGCCCGUUGAGUUGCCGGAGGCGGAGGGCGAGCCGAUCCCUCCACGCCCGCCCAAGGAUCUGUUCCAGGCCGUAUUUGGCGAUGAGGAGGAAGAGGACGAUCCUGCACCCGUCACAACGACGAUGCCGACGGCGCCUCACACGAAACGCCCGCAAAAGAAGCGCCAGCGCCGCAUGGGGCCCCUGACGUUUCGUAUGGACGACGACGACGACGACCCAUAG